AGGCACAAGGUCACUGAUGAAGCUGUGUGUCUAAACACGUAUAAAAACCCACCCGUAACCCUGGAUGUUGCUUUAGCCUGGUAGUACUCCUGAAUACUCACAGAUCAUCUUGGUAAAAUGAAGGCAAUGCAGGUAAUUUCCCUGACUUUGCUGUCAAUUAUGACAGCAAGUGCACAGAUCUUCGUGCCGGACAAAUGCCCCAAACCCCCUGUCAAGGAGAACUUUGAUCCUGCAAGGUACCUUGGUAAGUGGUACGAGAUCCAGAAACUGCCAAACAGCUUCCAGAAGGGUGAGUGCGGCAACGCCAUCUACAGCCUGAAGAGCCCCGGAGUCAUCGGCGUCCUCAACAGGGGGCUGCUUGCUGAUGGAACCGUGAGCUCCAUCACCGGCUCUGCCAAACCCAAAGACCCCUCUGAGCCCGCCAAGCUGGAGGUCUCCUUCUUCGAAGACUCUCCCCCCGGCCCCUACUGGGUGCUGUCCACCGACUAUGAGGGCCACUCCCUGGUCUACAGUUGCAGGAACUUUGGCACGUUCCACGUGGAGCGGGCAUGGAUCCUGAGCCGACAGCCCACGCUGGCUGAGGGGACCAUCGAGGAGCUGCACAGCCUCAUGGCCUCUUAUGGACUCAGCGAAGCCAAAAUGACCACCACCCAGCAGGAUGAGGCUUUCUGCAGGGCUAUGGACCAGUAAACUCAGACGCUGUACUCUAUAUACGACUAUACUGAGUCAGUCUCCCGCCCCAACCACUUGGAUUCGUGGCACUGGCGUGUACCACACUGUACUUUCCCUGGCCAUGUCUAUGCAAUGAACAAAUAAAAGAGAUGUGUCGUCGUCUCUUUACUGAA